CUCAACCGCGUCUCUUGCAGUCAGCACCAGCAGAUCCGUCCCCCAAUAUCUUGACGUUGCGAGUUUCAGUUCAUACGAUUAUCCCUCGUAGUUUUAAAAUCUCUUUCCUAUCUAACCCUAUCACCGUGCAAGACGUCAACCCCAACAAUCCUCUUCGCCCAUGGCAUGUACAACUCCCCCGCACACUACACCACCCUUCUCACGACCCUGCGCACCAAAUUCCCUGUGAGCGCCCCCCAACUCCCCUCGUCUGAUCCCUUACAUACCAACGCCGGCACCUUGGCCAACCCUACAUUCGCCAACCCGGCGCCCGCGUCCGGUCUGCCUUCCAACGCCACCGACGCCGUCCUGCUCGCCCAAAUCCUCGACGACUUGGUCGUCGCGCAAGGAAAGUACGUCGUGAUGAUAGCACACAGCGCUGGAGGCGCGAGCUCGACCGAAGCUGCGAAGCUAGAGUAUCUGGUGCGAGAGCGGAAGGCGAAGGGGCAGAAGGGAGGAGUAUUAGGUAUACUCUACAUGACUACGUUUGCGGUGUGUAAGGGCGGGAGCGCAUCAAUGCGAUUUGGCGAGUAUUAUGCGGCGGUAGAGGGGAAAGACUUAGCCUGCUUCAAGAUCCACGUACGUGUUUUUCUCCCCUGAGCGUAUGACAUAGAGGCCGAAGAUAUGGAGGUGCUGACUUUGGCGGAGGAAAACGGACUGGUGGAGCUCCUGCGCCCAGAGAUAUUUCUGUACAAUGACCCGAUGAAUCAGCCGUCUGACGAGCGAGUUGCGUCGUUUCCGCCGCUGUUGCCUGCGGCGCCGCAGAUGAGCCCGUUGACGAAUUCACCGUAUGCGAAGGUCGCGACGGCUUAUUUGAAGU